AUGGCGACCCCUGUGGAUGCAAAGCUCCUCAAAAAAACCAAGUUCCCUCCCGAGUUCAACCAGAAGGUGGACAUGACCAAAGUGAAUAUCGAGGUCAUGAAGAAAUGGAUCGCCAAGCGCAUCUCUGAUAUCCUCGGAAAUGAGGAUGACGUUGUCAUCGAGCUGUGCUUCAACCUUCUUGAGGGCUCUCGCUAUCCGGACAUCAAAGCUCUCCAAAUCCAGCUCACAGGGUUCCUCGACAAGGACACCCCCAAGUUCUGCAAGGAGCUCUGGUCCCUCUGCCUUAGCGGCCAGGAAAACCCUCAGGGUGUGCCGAAGGAGCUUCUAGAGGCCAAGAAGCUGGAGCUCAUGCAAGAGAAGAUUGAGGCGGAAAGAGCUGCCGAAGCUGCUCGGCGCGAGAAAGAACAGGAGCGCAUCCGAGAGCGCGAGCUGAAUGAUCUGAGACGCCGAGAGCGUGCCGAACGAGGCGACCGCGGCUUUGGAGGAAGAAGAUCCUACAAUCGACGCCGCUCUCGCUCACCGCUCCCUCAAUACGGUCGCUAUCGCCAUCGCGAAUCCCCUCCUCGCCGCGACGCCUCGUCCUCCUUCCCUUCGGAACGCCCAGAUCGCACUCCCCCCGCGCGGCCGCUCUCCCUCCCGUUCUCCUCCACGAUUCCGCCGACCCGAUCGCACUCCUCCUGGUGCUCGUUCUCCGUCUCGUUCGCCUCCUCGCUUCCGUCGUCCCUCUCGCACUCCCCCUCCUCGCUCUUCCUCUCGUUCGCGUCCUCGAUUCCGUCGGCCGUCUCGCACUCCUCCCCCCGCUCGUUCCUCUUCUGGUUCUCCUGA